AUGCCCUCCGCAGCCCCCACCACCACUCUGACUGUCAGGUCUCAUCGUCAGCCGGUGCCCGUCCAAGUACCAGCUCCUGAAUCAGCUCCACCACGCAAGCUUAAGCACCCGCCUUGCACCUCCUACCCAGACUCUGAAGGAAAUUCCCUGUACAGUUUGGGCUUCCACCCCAUCCGCUAUCAAAACCAUACCCUUCCAGCCUACGACACGCGCCCCGCCAAACGAUCGAUGCCCACCCCUCACCAAACCAUUGUCGUCGUCAACUCCUCUGGCCGGCAAGCUGCAUCGUUUAUACGUGUCGCCGUCGCCGUGGGAUAUCGGGUUCGGGCACAGUUGCGGAGUCUAGAUGGCAUAGUCGCCUCGGAAAUCUCGUCCCUGCCAAAUGUGACCGUUGUGGUUGGAGAUCUCUUUCAUAAACCCAACUCCCCCACGUCUCCAAAUGGCAAUCCAAAGAAGGGUGUGAAUCAUGAACUUAUCGCCGACCUCUUCCGUGGCGCGCAUCUGGCAUUUAUCAAUACUACGUACUGGGGUGAUGAGGUGGCGAUUGGCUGCGCUGUGGCGGACGCCGCCGUCAGAGCCAACAUCAAACACCUGGUGUAUUCGUCCAUGCCAGACCAUUCUCAGCUCACCCCGCCAUCAGCCCCCCAGCCAUGGCCGUCACUCCCCCUCUGGAGUUCCAAAGCUGCCAUUUCAGCCUAUAUCAAGUCUAUCCCCACAUUAGCAUCCAGGACCACCUUUCUCUAUACUGGAAUAUAUAAUAAUAAUUUCACUUCUCUCCCCUACCCAAUUUUCUGCACGGAAUUGCAGCCUGACGGUAGCUUCGUAUGGGAAGCCCCCUUCCACCCCCACGUCAAGCUCCCCUGGCUGGACGCAGAACACGAUGUCGGCCCGGCCGUCCUCCAAAUAUUCAAAGAUGGAGCCGACAAAUGGGCAGGACAGACGAUCCCACUGGCAUAUGAAAUGCUAUCCCCAACCGAGGCAUGCCAAGCAUUUUCGCGGGGCAUUGGUGGCAGAAAAGUCUCGUACCGGCGACGGACGACGAUCGAGGUGCGAGUGAAGAUUCCUACUGGUUAUCGAGAACAGCUUCUGGCGCUGGAGGAGAUGUAUAAAUUGGGCGAGGAGGAUCCAAACCUGCAGCCGCCCUACUUUGGCACCAACGCACUGGACGAACGGUGCGUAGAGCAGUCGCUGGGGUUGUGGGAGGGACCCAGGGGCUUGGAAGAGUAUGCGAGGGAGGUAUUCCCGCUGGAGGAGGCGGCAAAUGGGCUAACGUGGAUGAAUGAUACCACGGACGGCGAACAGACCGGCGACGAAAUGGAUGCCGCGGAUGCAGAAGAGGAGGGUAGUGAUUACGGGUUGGAAAUGGCCGGUGGGAUGGCUGGGGCGAGUUCGGGGACAGGGACUGGUGGCGAGAAUACCCCUGCGAGGAGGGAAGAGAGUUGGUUAGCCUGA